CGCGGCGGGGCGGGGCGGCCCCGCGGCGAUCCGGGAUGUCGGGCCGGCUCCUGGUGACGUAGCGGGAAGGGCCGCGCCAGACCCCCGCCCGCCGCUCUCCCCCGGCACGGCACGGGACCCCCCACACCUCCUCCGGUUAUCCCCCGCCAUGGGCAGAGCCGCGACGGUGGGAACGGGCAGGGCGACCGGGGCCGCCGCUGGGAAUGUGCCAGGCCCUGCCGCCGCGUGAGCACCGGCACCGGCAGCGUUGUCCGCGCCCGCCCCGGGCCAAGCCGGCGGCGGGUGCCAUGAGCAGCAGCUGCGCGUCCCCCGCCGCCUCCCGCCGCCGCCUGCAGCGCCGGGAUCGAUAGAGGCGGGGGCUGCGGACGCGCCAUGGCCGGCAGCGGCUACACGGACCUGCGGGAGAAGCUCAAGUCCAUGAUGCCCUACCGGGACGGCCACAAAGGCGGCGGAGGAGGCGGCGGCCUCCCGCGGGAGCCCCCCGAACCUCCGUACGACCGCAAGCGGCGGCACCAGGAGGACUCCGGCUCCGAGCCCAGCGACUACGAGGAGCAGAAGGAGGAGGAGGAAGCUCGGAAAGUGAAGAGCGGCAUCCGCCAGCUUCGCCUCUUCAGCGCCGAGGAGUGCGCCAAGAUCGAGGCGCGCAUCGAGGACGUGGUGUCCCGGGCGGAGAAGGGGCUCUACAAGGAGCACACGGUGGACCGGGCGCCGCUGCGGAAUAAGUAUUUUUUCGGGGAAGGCUACACCUACGGGUCUCAGCUGCAGCGGCGAGGCCCCGGGCAGGAGCGCCUGUACCCGCGGGGGGAGGUGGACGCCAUCCCCGAGUGGGUGCACGACCUGGUGAUCAGGAAGCUGGUGGAGCACCGGGUGAUCCCCGAGGGCUUUGUGAACAGUGCCGUCAUCAACGACUACCAGCCGGGGGGCUGCAUUGUCUCCCACGUGGACCCCAUCCAUAUCUUUGAGAGGCCCAUCGUCUCCGUGUCCUUCUUCAGCGACUCGGCGCUCUGCUUCGGGUGUAAAUUCCAGUUCAAGCCCAUCAGGGUGUCGGAGCCCGUUCUGUUCCUGCCCGUGAAGAGGGGGAGCGUCACGGUGCUCAGUGGGUAUGCGGCCGACGAAAUCACACACUGCAUUCGACCACAGGACAUCAAGGAGAGGAGAGCUGUCAUCAUCCUCCGAAAAACAAGACUAGAUGCACCUCGAUUGGAAACAAAAUCCCUGAGUAGCUCUGUGUUGCCACCAGGUUACAACUCUGACCGCCUGUCGGGAAGCAACCGGGACCAGAUCCUGAAGCCAAAGCGGUCCCAUCGCAAAGCAGACCCUGAUGCUGCCCACAGGCCACGGAUCCUAGAAAUGGAUAAGGAGGAGAACAGGCGUUCAGUCCUCUUACCAAAACAUAGGAGACGGAGCAACUUCAGCUCUGAGAACUAUUGGCGAAGGUCUUACGAGUACACGGAGGACUGUGACGAGGAGGAGGAGGAUGGCAGCCCCGCCAGGAAAGUUAAAAUGAGACGACACUGAGGAUUGCACUUCCCAGGCUCGUGGAGCUCUUGAGAUUGGCCUCCAGUCUGUGAAAACUUUCUCCUCCCUCUGGCUAUCUUCCAUCUAGCUUCAGUUUUGGUUUUUCCUUUCAGGCUGAAGAGUAAACAGGAAGGAUUUGGUUUUAUGAAUGGAGGGAUGCUGAGACGUACGUGAGGAUGGAGCAUGGUGUCCUGAGUCAUGGGUCAAGCUGGCAUCUCUCCCUUAGGAAGCAGAUAAAGUUAUGCCAGGUUGUCUGUUGGGAUUUCUUUUGAAAACACCAAAAAGUUUAACUGUUUCAUUGCGCAAGAUUCAAGAAUUGUAUUUUUGUUUUGGUUUUCUGUUGGUUUUUUUUUUUUUUUUUUUUUUUUUUUUUUCUUUUUUUUUUUUUUUGCUUUAACACUUUUCCUUUCCAAAUGUUCUAAAUAUGAUGUUUGACCCCAGGAGCUGAAAUUCCAUGGUGGGCUCGUAUUCCUUGUUUCACCAAAGGGCUCCUUGGUCUUUUUUACCUGGUGGUUGUUGGGUCUGUUUUAAGGGUGCCCUGCAGUAACUGGAAGUUUGAAGCUUUGCAGACCCCUCUUGCUGUGAUCGAUUUCAAAGGGUUUAGGACAUUUUUGUUGCACUUUAGUGUUUUAAAUGCCGUAGGUUUCCUUUCCAGACCCUUUCCCAAGCCAGCAUGGGCUCGCAGCCCUGUGUCCCUGCGCUGCCCUCUCCAAGAAGAAUGUACUAGAGCUCUGGUUUCUCAGUGCUGGUCUGACUGGGGCUGUGGUUCAGGAGGAAGGAAACGUGGCCCAGCAUUGUCCUGAGAUCCAUAUUGGAAUCUCAGGGCUGCCAAGUGAGGGAUCACACUGAGUAUGUGCUGCUUCCCAGAGCUGGGGAUAGCAAAGAGGAGUAGGAGACGCUGUGCUUGUGAGGGCUUGUGCCUUGGGACCCCCAGAAGAGCCCUUUCCACUGCCCCUUCCAGGUGGAGAGAGCUGAGUGGGUGCAGCAUUCCCAGCACAGUGCCCCAUCCCGAGGGAUUGGCUGCACUCUCAUGGAGCAGGAACAGGAGCUGCUGUGGCCUUGGGGGAGCUGAGCAGCUCUGUCCCCUCCGAGGCUGGCUCUGGGAGCAGGGACGCUGCAGGGCUCGAGUUUGGCCCCAGUUCAGUGCAUCCAGCACUGCAGUUGCCUGCUUUCUCCGGGCUUAUUCCUGCCUGUGUUCCUGGGGUAGGGAGUUUUCUGGUUGCUACAGGAAAUGCUGAGAAGAAUCAGGCAUUCAGCCCCGUGGAGUUGUGACAGAGCAUCUGCCAUCAUCAUCCUCUUCUCCCACCCGGUUUGUGUUAGCCCAGACCAAAGCCUUGGUGUUUGCAAAGUUUGGGGCCCAAUGCCAUAUUUAGAGCUGUACUUUUAAGGAAAACUUCCUCCAGUUGAUUCUUUGAACCCAAGUGUUGGCAGUUGUAAGGAGUAGUCUUAUUUUUAAAUUUUUACUGCUUUGCCCUCCCUCCAAUUGUAGUUUUUCUUAGUGUCGUGUCCCCCACACACUUCAUGGUCUGCACGCUUGGCAAUAAAAAGAUGUAAUAUAUUUUGAAACUUGUUUGCUGCUGUCGUGAGGGGCUCCUGGUCUAAAACAACCACCCAGGCGUUGUUCCCUGCAGUGCUGAUCGAGGACAUUUGCUGACAUCUGAGUCCCACUGUCCUUUUCCUUCCCUGCUGAUUUUCACCUGGUGUUGGGGUCCUGCUCAGGCUGGAUCUUGUCACAUGAGCUCACAGUGCUGGCUCUGGGGGUGUUGGUGAGGUCCCCACUGCCUGUCUCUGAUUAUCCAGUGGUUUUCCUGGUGAGAGCUCCCACUGGCUCCGUGCUGAGGCACAGCCUCUGAAGGAACAUGUCUUGUCAGUGCAGAGAUGCAAAAGUUUGUGCUUCUGCUGCUUGUGAAACCUUGAAAAUGCCAUUUUCAGACCACACGUAGCAUUUGAAGCGAUGUUCCUCACCCCCCCCCCCAGCUUUCUGCUGUGAAUCCAGGCCAGCUCUUGGCUACAAACCCCCUGUUUUGGGCAGCUUGGCAUUCCCCUGGCAGCAAAACUGCACGCAGGGAGCAGAGAUCCCUUCUCCUCCUGAUGGCUUUGUCCUUCUGGAUCCAUCCUGGCCAUGCCCUGUUCCAGUCACGGUGCCAGGCUCUGCUGUGGGUGCAGACAGUGACAGAGGUCACUGCCAGAGGUGUCAGCUCUCCCCUCUCCCCUCCUGGCUCCCAAUUUUAUCCCUGCCUCUCCAAUAUGGAUACUCUACCCUGCUGUCAACUCAAAAUGAAGCUGGAGCAGCUGACCUUUCCACAGCUGCUUCCCAGAGCAGGACUUCCAUGGGAUGAGGUGCUGGCUCUGUCUCUGGGCAUGCUGAGUGCUUACACCUCUGUCCUGGUCCCAGCCACCACCUCAUCCUGGUCCUUUUGCAGGCUGUACACGUGCAAGAUUCCUUUCCCAGCUUGUUUUGGUAUUCCUGCAUGUCCUGCUCCGGAGCUUUCCCCCUGUUCCCAUCCUGCAGUGGGUCAGAGCUGGCAGCGUGGCUGGGGGGACAGGAGGAGCUCCUCUCCAGCCACCACCUGCUCUUGGUUUUAACCUGACUGCUUGGGGCUUGGCACCUUGGAAGAGAGAGGGAGCAAGGGAUCCCUCAGGAGAGGAGUCCCCGGCGUGCAGGCAGGGCCAUCUUCCCACUUGUACAGACAUUUUCUAUAGACACGGAUGUAUAUGUGUAGAUAACAUGGUUUUUUAACUCUUUUGCACUGAACAACAUCAGAGUGAAACCUGGAUUGGAAACUAGGAGACAUUUUUCACACGGAUCCAGAGGUCUGGAUCCUUCCUGUAACCUGUCUGGUUGAAACUGUGGCUCGGAAUUCCUGGUUUUCACUGUUGGGCUGCACGCAGGCAUCAGGGCAGGCUGGUGGCACGGGGCUGCUGCUGAGCAGGGAGCGGGGUGAGCUCGAGUUUGGAGGCAAAACUUCUCAGCAGGCUCACCCACAGCCCUGACCCUGUUAGUUUGUUGUGUUUCUGAUCUGGUUGUGUGUGGUCCAACCUCUCCAUGCACCCACAGCGUGUCCGUGCUCAGCCCCGAACUGGGAGCUACAUCCAGUGUGACAAUCCAUGUGCCCAGACUGGGAGAACUGUCUUUCCUAAGGAAGGGGGAGGAAGGUGGGGUUCAUCCCUGCUUUUCCACAAAGAACAGGAGGGAUUGGGGUUUGUUACUGUUACCGUAUCUCCAGAAGGGUCAGUGGUGGAAUUAUCCAAGCCCAUGGAUCAAAACAGCUGCCAGGUUUUGAGGAGGACUCGGGGGGGUCCAGGGUCUAGACCCCCACCAGCAGCAAAGAGUCUUUUACCUGCCAAAAGUGUUCCCUUUCCCCUGUUGGGAGGAGAAACAUUUGACUGAGAAAUGUCUUUGCUCCUUCCCCUGCCCACACUUAGAAGUUCUGGCUGACUUUAGUUUUUGUUUUUUAAAAGAUUCUAAUUUUUUUUGUUACCAAUAAAAAUAAAAAUUAAAAAAAAAUAAUAAAAAAGAAAGUGGCAAUAUUUUUUUCUGUAAGCUUUUCCUAGGAAAAAGCGUGGUUUGUAACAAAGUUGUACAGUUCUGAAGUUUGAGAUACGAGAAGUACUGUGUGAAACGCUGUAAAUGGAGCAGAGAUUAUUUUAUGUACAGUCUGACGUGGGGGAAUCUUUUAAUUCCAAUUGAUUCUUAGGAAGAAUUUGGUUCUUCACUGUCAGGGUUUGGAAUUUCAUGGUUUCAUUAUUUUUUUUUUUCUUGUAUAGAUUGCUGCAUUAAUUGAAUAAAAGCAGAAAGCAUC